ACUAGUUCAGACGUACACAAGCCUGACUGCCAGACAGACGGACGGAGAGAAGAAACAAACAAGAGAAGAGAGAGAGGAGAAGAACCACCUGUUUCCCAGUUCUCUGGAACUUGACUUCUCUACAGCCUAUUUGACCAUAUUUUCCUGAGUUAUUUGAUCCCAGUUCUCCUUUGGCAAGAUAGAUCAUUUUCAGGCACGUUGCUCGGAACCCGAACGUAAAGCCCGUUCUAGAUCUGUAGUGGACCUGACCAAUCCGUACAGGAAGUUCUGAUGAACCGACUGCUGCUGUUGUGACGUCUCCUGUGUUCGACCUCGUCUCAUCGAUCUCUACCGGCUCUCUACUCUUCUUUUCUCCGUGAAGAGAAACCGGCUGCUGUUUCUGGUUGGCUGGUCUGUCGCACUGAGAUUGAGGUGAAGUCACUGCCCUUUUCACUAACCGCCGAGUGUGAGAGAAACUGUGUGGUUUGUUUCACAACUCGCUGGGCUGCUCAGAGACGGAGAGCAUAGAGAAGUCUACUGGGACUGUCAAUCAAUACAUCCGUCAAUCAAACAAUAGACGUAUUGAUCUAUCCAGUGACCGACCUACAUUGUUCAGUGUGUCCUCUGUGGACCUCCGUCCAUCCAGACUCUCUCCCACCUCUUCUUCCCUGGGGAAAAGUGAGGUUGAGUGGGAUGGCUGAGGGGCAUGCUGGGCAAUACCCCCAGGUGUUCGUGGUGGACAGCCAGGCGAGCUACACCCCCUUGCCCAACAGGAGGCACUUUAGGUGGGGAGGGAUCGGCCCGAGAGCCCUUCAGCUCCUGGUGGGUCUUGCGCUGGUCGGGAUCGUCAUGGAAGCCGGCUUCAUCGUGCACUUGUACAACAGGACAGGGGCCCUGAUCAAUGUUCAAUCCUUUAUCCAGAGGAGUGGCUCAGUUCAGGGUCUGACUGGAUCUGAAGAGACCAAUGAGAUUUUAGUCAAGCCUACGGGGAGGAAACUCCCACCUGAGAUCCAACAGAAACCCUCAGCACACUUGAUAGGCUCCUCCCGGGCAGUGGGUGAGGAUAGUGUCGUUCUGUGGGAAUCAGACAUGGGCCUGUCUGCCUUCACAGAUCAGAUGGACUACAAAGAUGGCCGCCUGGUAGCACAGAGGAAUGGGCACUACUAUGUCUACUCCAAAGUGCACUUCGUUGAAGACUGCUUUCUGUUCAAACACAAGGUGAUGAGGAUCACCGAGGGUUACAGAAACAAACCACUUGUGUUGAUGAAAGCUAACAGGUUCCAUUGUCCUUCCCAGGAUUCCAGACCGAAAAAGAUUUCUCAUCAGAAUCUUCUGAACAGCUACCUGGGCGGAGUCUUUCGUCUGUUGCCUGGAGACAUCAUCUACGUAACCGUGGACAACGGGACGCUGCUGAGACUUGGAGCUGAAGAUAAUUUCAUGGGUGCAUUCAUGAUUUAGUAGACGGUGUGUAUUGACACACACACACACACACACACACAUACAUACAUACAUUUGUCUAUCAGAUUCGUGUGUCGGUUAUAUUAUUUCAAUGUAUAGAUUCUAACCAAGGUGUGUUAUAGAGAAUCACACUAGAAAACAGACAAUUGGCUUUUUAAAGGUAUUUUUUACCUUGAGACAACAUCUGCAGCUAUUACCGUGAAUGCAAUCUCGGCAAAUGGUGGGGAAAAUGCCUUUAAAACAUCCAUUGUCGGCUGUCUAGUGUAGUGUUUCUCAAUCCUGGUCCUGGGGACCCAAAAGGGUACAAAAACCUGCGGAGGAGUUGAUUACUUGAACUGUGGGAGUACUACAAUCAACAGCACCACGACCAGGACUGAGACACACUGGACUAGUGCUACAAUCAACAGCACCAGGACUGAGACACACUGGACUGGUACUACAAUCAACAGCACCACGACCAGGACUGAGACACACUGGACUGGUACUACAAUCAACAGCACCACGACCAGGACUGAGACACACUGGACUGGUACUACAAUCAACAGCACCACGACCAGGACUGAGACACACUGGACUGGUACUACAAUCAACAGCACCACGACCAGGACUGAGACACACUGGACUAGUGCUACAAUCAACAGCACCAGGACUGAGACACACUGGGCUACUGGGCUCUUUUAUACCUUGUAUUGGAUUGAAUCCUGGCUUUGUUGCUUUUGGAUGCUGGACAUUUAUAUUAAAGUAAAACAGUAGCAAAG